UCUCUCCCCCUCCCCUCUAUCCCUCUCUCCCCCUCUCUCCCUCUCUCUCUCCCUCAUAUACAAGUGGUUGAAUCCUCUUUAGUCUCAUUUCGCGGUGAAAUCAGAAAACAUUUCAUGUGGAUAACAGAUCGUCUCUCUCUCUCUCUCUCUCACUCUCCCCCUAUCUCUCUCUCUCUCUGGAACAAGUGUUUUCCUUUAGUCGUGUCCCCCCAGCUGGACCCCUGGACGGUCUUCAGCACCAUGGACAGCGCCUUCGGCCACCUGGACGCUGCCGGGUUCUUACAGAUCUGGCAACGCUUCGACGUAGACGAUCACGGUUACAUCGAAGGAAAGGAGCUGGAUGCCUUCUUUCAACACAUGCUGGACAACUUUGGGAUGAAGAAGGAGGAGACAACGGAGGACGGAAUCAGAAGGCUGAGGCAGAGAUUCAUGUCUGCUUACGACAUCGCCGCUGACCGGCGUCUGAAGAUACAAGAGCUGGCCGCCGUGAUGCUGCCAGAGGAGGAGAACUUCCUGCUCAUGUUUCGCAGAGAGACGCCGCUGGACAGCAGCGUGGAGUUCAUGAGGAUCUGGAGGAGCUAUGACACGGACAGCAGCGGCUACAUCUCAGCGGUUGAGCUCAAGGGCUUCCUGCAGGACCUCUUCCUUCAACACAGGAAGUCCAACACCCCUGAACAACUGGAGGAGUACACUGACAGCCUGAUGAAGAUGUUUGACAAGAAUAGGGACGGCAGACUGGACUUCAAUGACCUGGCCAGAAUCUUGGACCUGAAAGAGAACUUCCUCUUGAAGUUUAAGAUGGACGCUUGCAGUCAGGAGGACAGGAGGAGAGACUUCGAGAAGAUAUUUGCUCACUAUGAUGUUAGUAAGACUGGUGCGUUGGAGGGCCCUGAAGUGGAUGGAUUUGUAAAGGACAUGAUGGAGCUGGUGAAGCCCAGCAUCAGCGGCACAGACCUGGACAAGUUCAAGAAAGCCCUGCUGGGUCAAUGCGACAUCAACGGAGACGGAAAGAUCCAGAAGAACGAGCUGGCUCUCGGCCUCGGCCUCAAACUCAGGCUGACAGAGCCUCACAGCAUUGCCGUUACUUUUCCUUCGUUCCUCCAUCACUGCUCACUUCAUACCUUCUUUCGUUUCUUUAUUUUUUCCCAUCUGACUCAUUCCUUGUCACGCCCUAAUUUCUGGAAGUGCACGUCCUCCCUUUCUGGCCUUCAGUUAUGCGUCUAAAGGCCAAUGUAUCUACAUGUUUUAUGCUCCUUAAUAAAAGCACAGUACAUAUCAACACUAUAUUUUCUGGAGAAAAAAUCUUUAAAUAAUGUGCAUUAUAUGUGGAUAAAUGACAUCAUGAUUUAAAGAUGGAGUCCAAAAAAAAUAGUUUGCAUGGUGGUAAUAUAUGGAAGUGUUUGCAUGAUUAUUAUUCAUUAUUGAUUGUUAAUAAAAAAUAAAAGUGU